AUGCUUGGCUACGGCGGCACCGACAAGCCGACAAAUGCCGAAGCAUACGCAUUCUCUCUCGUGGCUCAAGACGUGAUCGAUCUCCUCGAUGCCCUCCAUGGCGAGGAACGCGUCAUUGUCAUCGGCCACGAUUGGGGCUCUAGAAUAGUUGGCUUUUUGGCCAACCUGCACACGCACCGAUUUGUUGGGUUUGCUUUCCUCGCUGUGGGCUAUAAUGCUCCCAACCCUACCAUCUCAUAUCCCCAAUUGCUUGCAUACACGGCCCAAUUGACCGGCCAAGAGCGCUUUGGAUACUGGAGCUUUUUCUCUGAAGAUGGCACUGACCAAAUCAUAAAGGACCGCCUCGAUUCAUUUUUUAGUUAUCUCAUCUCCCUGCGUUUCGAAGAUGCCCCUAACUUUACUCCAACUGGUGCAUACAAAGCGACUCUGUUGAAAAAUGAAGUUUCUCCAUUGCCAUCUUUUAUAACUCAAGAGGAAUACGAUACACAGAAGGUUACUUUCGCGAAAAGCGGAAUCAUUGCCCCAUUAUGUUGGUACAGAGUAGCGACAUCGUCCAUCGGCAGGGAAGACUCGAAAAAAGUGCCGUUGGACAAAUACACCGUUGCCACUCCCGUCUUCCUCGCCGUGGCCAAAGAAGAUCCCGUUGCCGUCCCUGGUAUGGUUAUAGCGUCAACCUUAAAAUUUUGCACCAACACCACGGUGAGGGAAUACGACGCUGGGCACUGGGUUCUAUGGGAAGCGAAAGAUCAAGUCAACGCAGACCUCGAACAAUGGAUUGCUAGCCUCUAA